AUCAUAAUGGUGAACAUUAUUCUGGUACCCCUUUGGACAGCAAUGGCAAUUCAGCCAAAUUUGUUGCAGGCUAAAGGAAUUCAGGUUCUCCCCCCUGUUAACUUCACCCUCACAGUCACUGCACUAGCAGAAGUACUUUUACAUUGGAAACCAAACCCUGAUCAACACCAGAACUCCACUGUUACCUACGAUGUGGAAAUCAUUACUCCUGUACAGGAAGUGUACGAUACAAAGCACACCCAUAGUACUCGUACAGUGGUGCUCCAUGAUGGUUUUUCUGCACAAGUGCGGACACUGCUUUUGUAUAACAGCUCACAAAUAGGAAGUGAGUGGGUCACAGAAGAACUCCCAGCCCUUGCAGGUGAUGCUGAGACAUCAGUCACUAACUUAUUCUGCAUUGUUUACACUGCCAGUUAUUAUACAGCAUCUCUCCACUGCAACUGGCUUGCUGGUGAACAGGCACCAACAGAUACAGUAUACUUUCUAUUUUACAGGUAUAAUAACUACACCGAGCAGUGUCCAGACUAUUUGAAAGACAAAUGGCAGAGAAAUGUAGGUUGCAGAUUUUCAAAGACUUAUAUUGACCCGAAACAGAUUGGCACACUCAUUAUAAUACAUGUUAAUGGGUCAAGCAAGCAUGCUGCAAUCAAGCCUCUUGAACAACUAUUUAAUCAAAAUACCAUUGAGAAAAUAAAUCCUCCUCGAAAUGUCACCAUAUCUUUAGAACAAAAUGACACCUUGGUCACAUGGGAAAAACCAAUUUCUCCUUUCCCAAAGGAAUUGUUUUGUUAUGAAGUUACCAUUCACAAUUUGAAGACAGGUAAAAAUCAGCUAUCGAAAAGCACUUCUAAUGAUUUCAAAUUCAGGAUGGAUGUUACCAGUAGAUACUCCAUACAGAUAAGGGCUAAUCGUCAGUAUAAUGAAGGAUUUUGGAGCGAGUGGACUGACCCCCUUUUUAUUGGGGAGGAGCAGAAGGAAAAUCAAGUGGGUUGGGUUCUCAUCUUGGUUACAGUAACCAUGUGUUUCAUCACACUACUUAUUGCAAUGGCAUGCAAAACGUGCCACUUAUGGAGUAGGUUAUUUCCACCAAUUCCAACACCUAAAAACAACUUAAAAGAUUUGUUUUCAGCAAAGGACUAUGAGAUAAGAUAUAACUUCUCCCUGGCUCCACAUCGAGAAUGCUAUAUAAGAGCACGGACCUAUACGAGUGAAACAGAAACAGAAGUUGGAAGUUAUAUCGACGACCUUGGAAGUUACAACGAAGACUUUUAUUGUGAGGUUCUUGAAGAUUCUGUCAUCUGAAAUAUUCAUCCACUAAGAAACCUGAGACAGGGGUAUUACUGCAAUGAUGUGCACUCGAUGAAACUAAAGGCCGCACAAUAAAUGAGGCUUCAGACUUGGGAACCAUGAGUUGCUUCCCAAACAGCUGGUGCAUAAUUACAAACUGAUGCAUACAUGUCUGUGGAUCUGGGGGAAUUCAAGUCCAGACUUUGCAUUUGGACAAAGACUCAUGAGUAUCUGGAAGUAACCAGAGAGCUGAAAUUGGCCAAGUGAAUCUACUUCGAAUGUGUGGACUAAUUUUUGUGAGGGAGCAUAAGACUGAUAGAAAACCACAUUUGUAAGUGGAACAGGGCAGGGCCCUUAAGACUAAAAAAUAUAGAGAAAGGAUUUUUCUAGAAAGAAUAGCUAGAUUUGCUUUUUUUGCUUUCCUUCCAGCCCCUUUUAUAUUAACUUUUUCCACCCCCCACAUAAAGCACCUGCAAAAUACAAAAAGGAACUGAAAUGAUAACACUGCAUCUUCUUACCCAUAAUAUCUUGUCCUUCCUUCCAUUAUCCCCCUUUCAUUUUUUGCAUAGCUACAUAUAAUUCAACCACACGCAAAGUACUUUUCUGGCGCCUUUAAUUAUAACAGCAAGAGUUUGUAUAUGCUGCAGCUGCAUGUUAAAAGGUUGGAUUCCUACAGUAGACUACCCAAUUUGCAUAUGCAGUUGACACAACUGUCCAUGCAAAUUUUUUUGCCCACAAAAAAAUAAUAGGACUUAAAAACCCAGAAUGAUCCUGAGGCUGCUGCAAAGCGGAAGGCAAGGUUCUUACUCAGAGGUUUCCCAUAAAGAUUUACAUGACAUUGAAGAAAAUGGGCCUUCACACUGUAUGCCAGUCUGGCCUGGCAGGCUGGCAAAGACAGCUAUCCCGGGCUGCAUGACAUCCAGAUAAAUGGAUCUCCGCAGGUGUCCAUUCAUUUUUUUUCAGCGCGCAGUGGAGUCUUUGCAUUGCAGAGAUGGGGAAAUCUUUUUGGUUCUCCAGGCUCUCCUGGGAGUUGAUUGCAGGUUCGUUGCUUUCCUCCUGUAGGAUUCUUCAUAGUCUUGACAAGCAAAAUGCCUCUAGGCUUGCAGGCUGCAGUGUAUACAAACUCUUGCUGUUAUAAUUAAAGGCUCCAGAAAAGUACUUUGCACGUAGUUUAGUUAUAUGCAGCUAUGCAAAAAGACUUCAUGGUCUUGACAAGCAAAAAUGCCUCUGGGGUUGCAGGGACCUUUUGCAGGGUACCCACUGGUGGCCUCGAAGCAGUUGGCUGGGUGACUACUUUGGGUUAACUGUGAGGAAAGGGGCUGAAGUCAAAUGAACUCUGAAUCUUGGCAUCCUGGCAGAGACUGCAGGGCUGUUGUGUGCAGUUCUGGAGCUCAGGGUGAGAGUGAAUGCCUAGCUCUGCCGAAGUCAACAGUUUUUUCAUUGACUGAAAAUGAGGACAGAAUUUCACACCACUUCUCUUUCAUUCCCUUUUCCACUGAGCUGGUUUGGGGAUCAUUUCUCUCAUUCAGGAAAAGAACUGGGUUUUGACUAAUAGGAUUUAAGGAUUCUCUCUGUGCACAUUGGCACUUUUCCUGGCUCCAUAAUUGUGAAGGCAGAGGUCACCCAAAGCAGACAUAAGGAAUACAGAGAUGAUCUGUCACCCCAUUUUCAACCGAAGCCCCGUUUUUCAUUUGCUUAUUUGCAUUAGGUUAGCCAGUUGCCCCUGUAACCUCUGGGAGCACACCCACCUGUACCGGAAUAGGACCAGCUUCUCUCUCUGUGCACAAAGAAAAGUGCUACUGUGAAAUCACUCCACUGCACUUGGCUGGAAAAAAAUAGGCACUUAGAAACCUUGCCCCCAAAGUGUAAGUGGGUAAAUGAAAAACCUCCCUGAAACAUCACUGUUCUUGACUGGGAUUUCUGGGCUUGCUACAGGAGUGCAGCCAACUCCCACUUACAUGUCAACUCCCUUCAGAUGCUUUGACAUCCCAGUCCUAGAAAGUAUAUGCCGUCUCCCCAGCUCUCAGUUGCCCAGGGGAGCGCACUUUGAACGAAUGUUUGUUUUUUCAGUUUAUGUUCUUGUUGCUUCCCUUGUUAUCUGUUACUUACCUUGUGAAAUCCACAUUGUAAAACAAAUGUAGACUUCGAAAACCGCAUAAGCAACUUUGUCUUGGAACUUGUUUUGCUUUUGGUGACCAGGUUUUGCAACUUGUCUGCAGAGUUUUUCCUCGUGCGGUUCAGGGCCGGUGCUCUGGCUGCCCCGUGCGGGUGGUAAUCAGCUUUAUUCAGACCAACAAGUAACUUGUAAAUUGUUUUCUGUUUGAGCAGUGCUUGGAAAUGAUGAGGUCCUGGCCUGUCUCAGGGAUGCUAAGGUAUUAUGAAAAAUAAAAAAAUAAAAAUAAUAGAUGAGCCAGUCCCUCAGCUGUGUACAUUGGCAUAGCUCCAGUGAAGUUAAUAGAAGCCAUUCAUGUAUCUUAGUGCCCUAAAUGCCUUUUCUGUAGGUUAUUUCAAUGGAUUUGAGAAGCAUGGCUAUGGCAGGCUGAAAUCAGUGCGUUUCCUCACAGAGCUUCACACGAGUAGAGGUGAACAUAUUUCCUAUGCAUGUAUUUCAUGCCUUUUAAGUAUCUUUAUAUACGAGAAUAUUAAAUCUAGCUGUCUUUCAUUUAUUCAGCUCUCUGUACUAGAAGGCUACUGCAGGGAUUAUGUAGAAUAUUUAAGUCCUUUUUGCAUUACAUUACUGUAAGUUCAAUGAUUAGAACCUGCACUUACCAGUCAAACUAGUGCUACCACCAGAAAAUGUGAUCAAACAUGAAAGAGAAGCAUAUUAAGCUCUUG